UUAGAUGCAAUUAAUCACAAUUAAUUGUUUCCCAGUACUAAUACAAACUCAGUAACUAUGUUUGGUUAUAGGUUGAAAAUGCUGUUUCCAGUGGGCUCACUGGAAUUGCCUGCACAGAUGAGCAGAGGCUCUGGAAUGUGGGGACCCAGAGGAACCUCUGCCCAAAGCAGCUAAUGGACAUCACCUUUUCCCACCACCGAGCUACUGAUGAGCUGCAGAUGCCAGAGGUAAUGCCGAAAAAUGUCCCUCUGCCUCCCACUCCUUCAUUUUGCACCCAGGAUGAGCUGAGAGAGGGUCUCAAGCAUCUUCGACUGCCUGUGUCAAGCCUUCUGCACAAAUGUCUGAGUGCUGCAAAGGGACAGGAGCCAGAACAUCCUGCAUCCUCACCACAUGCUGACCACGAUGGCAUCAACAACUGCCAGAGAUGUAUGUUGUUUUAUAGUAGUUUCGUGGCCAUUCAUCCCAACAAAUUUACAUCACUGGAGCGUGUAACCCUUGAGCAAAGUUCCUCUCACUUGUGGCAUGAUUCUCGUAAGGUUAGAAUCACUGCAAGCACGGCAAAGAAGGUUCCAAUCAGAGGCAACCCUCAGACCUAUAUCAGAGAGCACCUCUACCCCAGGUUCCAUGGGAAUGCAGCAACUAACCAUGGCUUAGAAAGUGAGGCAUCUGCUUUACAGUGGCUAGAGGGUUGUGGGUUUAUAGUCAGCCGCAAAGGCACUGUUGUGUGUGCAAGUGAGCCCUGGCUGUCAGCAAGCCCUGAUGGAGUUUUGAACUCAGAGGAACUGCUGGAGAUCACGUGCCCUCUCCUUAAGACUGAUGAGUCUCUGGAGGACCUGUUCAAAAGUCAGAGAUAUGAUGUGAGGAUGGUGGAGGGGACACCUGAGCUGCAGCCAAAUGGUCCACGGGGCUUCUAUAUGCAAGUGCAGCUUGCCAUGUUCUGUACAGGGCUGAGGGCCUGUAAGCUGCUCAUCUGGGUUCCAUCACAGCAAGUUCUGCUACAUGUCCCAUAUAAUGAGCAAUUCUGUGCCAAGACUGUAGCUCGACUAAAAACAUUUUACUUUAAGUAUAUGCUUCCUCAUGUGUCAGAUGAGUUUCAGGAAGGCCGCCUGCUGCUUUCCACAAGAUACUUGCAGCUUUGUAAAUAAGCAGGAAUGAGAAUAAUUAGGUUAAGGAUAGGAUAUUAGGUAAUUAGGGUGAGAUGUAGAGGGUGUGGGUGAAAACUGGAACUAUUUUAAAUUAGUGGUUUUUAAUAAGUUGUGUUAAACAAGAGACAGACUGUGAUUUUUGUUUUAUAAAAUGUAUAAUUUAUUAUAAAUUGUAUAAAAUCAGAUUUGUUGAUCAGUGUUUGCUGUUUUCAGGAGCCAAGAGACCCCUUUACUGACCAUCCUGUAGAGGAGAUCAGUAAUGGUGAAGCCUCUGUCUGCCAUUACUUUAUCACCUGGACGAAGGUAUUCCAGGAACCCUGAAUUUGCAGUUAUGAAUUUGUCACUGCACCUUCCUCCAUACGCUGGUGAGAUGAACAUG